AAAUGCUACAGAACACCCACACCCCACGCCCACAGCGCCCACCACGCCCACGCACGAUGCUCCGGAGGGCGUGGGCGGGGGCGGGCAGGGGGGCAGGGUGUGGAGGGGGCGGAGGCAUCAGUCAGGGCCCGUAGGAAGCUGGAAAACGCGGAUAGUAGUUAUGAUAGUGAUUUUGACCCCAGUGACCGCGGCGAGGACGCGGAACACGGGGACGUCUACCGGACAGUCUCUGAUACAUUAGGGGCAGAAUUCGCAGAGUACGUCACAAAAUACUCCCCUUCUACACCCCCAGCGGCGCCCCCCGUCACCUCCACGACCUACACCCCGCCCAAGCCCUCAGCACUGCCCCCAACUACCACUACAACAUGUACGACCACCUCCGUCUCCCCUGUCUCAACCACAACCGCCUCACUCACCACCACCUCCCCGACCACCACGACCACCACGACCUCCACGCCUGCCACCUCGUCUUCCGCGACCACCACAACCAAAGACACGACCACGCUUCCUGCUGUGUCGCUAACCCAGCCCUCCACGUUGCCCAGUACCACCACCACCACCUCUGGCGAUGCGAGCACAGGAGCCACCACCACCACCACUACUAUUACUACCACCAGUACUUCAGAUGGAGCGGGGAGCCACAGAGUCACAUGUACGACCACAACGACCACCACGACCACUCCCACGACCACGGAUGCCGCCAAACCGACGUAUGCAUCACAAGUUGAAUUCGGCAUUAAGCUAGGAUACUCAGAAAGCCUCGUGCAAAUCGCGUUGACUAAAUUAGGGGCCACGCCAAAUAUAAACGACCUACUGGCUGAAUUAAUACGACUAGGAACGACUCUCCCGAAGACCGAAGGAGGAGGAGGAGGAGAAGAAGAUAGGGAAGAUCUGGGAGUCAGUAAAGAGGAGAAUAUACCUUCCCAGCUGUCUGAUUCACAACUACAACAACAACAACAACAAUUGCUACAGCCACCAUCGCUACGGCCAGUCAUUAUUGACGGCAGCAACGUGGCUAUGAGCCAUGGAAACAAGACCACCUUUUCCUGCCGAGGCCUGCGUGUGUGUGUCGAUUGGUUCAGAGCACGGGGCCACUCAGAGAUAACAGUGUUUGUCCCCGCUUGGCGCAAGGAGGCACCGCGCUGGGACACACCCAUCGCUGACCAGGACCUUCUGUUGGACCUAGAGAGAGAGAGAGUGCUCGUCUUUACACCCUCCAGGGUGUGCGGUGGUAAGCGAAUCGUGUCUUACGACGACCGCUACAUCCUGAACGAGGCAGUGCAGUCUGGCGGCGUGGUGGUCAGCAACGACAACUACAGGGACCUGGUGGCCGAGUCACCUGGGUUUCGCAAGGUGGUGGAGGAGAGCCUUCUAAUGUACUCGUGGGUGAACGGCCGCUUCGUGCCCCCAGACGACCCCCUAGGCCGCAGCGGACCAACCCUGGACGUGUUCCUGAGGCGCAGCGCGAGGGAUAAGGACAAGCAGGCCCCGUGUCCCUAUGGCAGGAAAUGUACGUAUGGGAACAAGUGUAAAUACAAGCAUCCAGAACGAGGCACAGCACCACUCAAGUCUGUGACGGAGCAGCUGCAGGAACAGGCACAGCGUCACUACCAGAGCAAGGGCCAGAGCAGGGAUCCCUCACCAGGUGAGGGGCUGCGGGGGUCACUGUCGCUGCCAGUGUGUGUGGGGGGAGGGAGAGGCAGGCAAGAAGCCGCUGCAGCGCACCCACUCCAUCGUGCCCACGGUGUCCCUCACGCUGCCCUCCGCCCUCACCCAGGAGACCCCCACCCAGACCACAGCCCCACCACAACCGCCACGCCUGCCUCCACCGCCCCUCCCCACCACCACCUCAUGCCGCCCUCCCUGGACCCCCACCGCUCAGCCACCCACUACAAGAGUGACCCGGCGCUGUACCGUCUGUACCCCUCCCAGACCCACAACCCCUAUGGCUCCUCCUGGGGGUGGGAUGGGAGCCAGAGCAGCCAGGGGAGUCCCUACAGCUCCCACCUGCCCCUGUCCAAGCAGCAGAGCGACCCCGACCCGCAGGACAACCCGCACCGCAAGCUGCAGCGCCAGCUCACCCUCAACCCGUCCUACGACUCCCGCCUCUACAAGAUAUACGGCUUCAGGGAACCCGCCCCCGAACACUUCCCCCUGGGGGCCUCCACGCCCUCCCCCGCCCCCACCCAGGGCCAGCAGGGCUCCCCCAGCAGGGUGGGACGCGGCGAGGGGGCCGUGUUCCCCCAGGGCCAGGGCCGCGCCUCUCCCGGCUACUCUUCCACCCCGUACUGGGCGGGAUGGCGUCCCCGGGGCGCUACACGCCCCCCUGGCCCGCGGUGCCUCCCAGGAUGGGGCCAAACACCUUCCUUCCCUGCCCCCCCACCUGUACCCCUCCUACUCACACCCACAUGUCACCCGCUUUGCCUCUGCCCCGGACCCCAUCUGGGGUGGCCCCCACCCGCCGGCCACCGCCGCCGCUGCUGCACCACCACUCAUCAAGCGCCUCAACUCCACCUCCGACACACGCCUCAACCUGUACGGCAGCGAGUCGCACUACUUCCCAGACCUGUACGAGGACUCCCUGGGGCGUCCCCCCACCUACGCUCCUGUGGGCCCCCCACCUGGCCCCUCCCCUGUCCCAGGCCCUGUGGGGUCCCGGCCCAUGUCCCCACAGGGUGCAACGCUGCACCACUCGCCCAGCGUGUCCCCGCGGGGGUCACACACAGACUCCCAGCACUGCCCCGCCUUCUGCCGGCACCUUUCCCCCGCCGGGGCACGAAGACACCCGCCUGCGUGUGUUCUACCACCUGUCGCAGCUGUUCCCUGAGGCCAAGGUGCGCGGCGUCCAUGGCGCUGCACCCCGAGGAGACUGACCCACAGAAGAUAUGUGGGUACCUGCUGGCAGCGGCAGCAGGCGCCCCCGGCACCUCCCGCCCCAUGUCCCCGCAACACCAGCAGGCUGCAGCGCUGGCCCCCGCCCCCCCUUACCUGCUGCAGGCAUUCCCCGGGGGCUCACUGGCCGCCCCGCCCGCCAGCCACGAGGACGCCAGACUAAGAGCCUUCUACCACCUGUCGCAGCUGUUCCCCGAGGCAGAGGUGCGUGCCGUGCUGGCCUGCGCCCCGGACGAGACAGACACACAGCAGUUCUGUGCUGCGCUGCUGGCCCGCCGCGCCCCACCACAGUCCUGAGUGCAGCAGCAGCACCAGCAGCUGGCAGUAAUGGUGGUGGAGGCAUUGCAGGGUGGUGGUGGUGGUGGUGGUGGUGGUGGUCUGCAAGCAUUCAUGACUGUUAGAGGAGUGUUUGUACGUGUGUAUGUGUGUGUGUGUGUGUGUGUGUGUGUGUGUGUGUGUGUGUGUGUGUGUGUGUGUGUGUGUGUGUGUGUGUGUGUGUGUGUGUGUGUGUGUGUGUGUGUGUGUGUGUGCAUGCAAGAGGCAGGUAGUGUUAAUGUAAAUACUGGUUAUAAUUUAUGUGCAGGAAGAUAAGGAAGCAGCAGCAGCAGCAGCAGCAGCAGCAGCAGCAGCAGGAGGAGGAGGAGGAGGUGUUGCCGCAGACACUCAGCUCAGAGACAGAUGGCGCCCUUGAGUUCUAUACAUAUACAUAUAUAUAUAUAUAUAUAUAUAAAUAUAUUUACAGAUAUUUCCAUAUAUGCUUAUUAAUGUGUUACCAAGAGCACAGAGAGAGGCGGGAGUGCCAUAGGCCGGCCAGGCGGGCAACACUAGGGCGGAAUUAUUGCUCACUAGAUGCUGAUAGGUAGACUUAACUCAACACCCAGGCAGGCAGGCAGGCAGGCAGGCAGGCAGGCAGGCAGGCAGGCAGGCAGGAAGGCAGGCAGACUUAGUCACCAGACACCCGAGCAGUGAGUUGGCACAAACCUUUGAGGUCUGGGACGCGUUACUUUGGGUAGCCACACAACAGAGAUUUUUCUUCAUUAUUUUAUGAUAAUUACAAUUAAUCAUGAAUGAAUAAAGGGUUUUGUUACUUUGGUAACCCUUUCUCUUCUUUAUGCAAUGUGUGUGUGUGUGUGUGUGUGCGUGUGUGUGUACGCGCGUGUGCGUGCGUGCGGCGGCGUGGGGCGGCAAGGGCAUGCUCGCCCCGCCCCCGCUGUGCCCUGCAGCGCACAACAUUACAAUACUAUGUAUUGUGGGCUGUACUGGGUGUGUACCCAGCAUUGUGUGACCGCCCCGGCGGAGACUGUAGCUCAUAUUGACCUUGGGGCAGCCAGGCCGGGCACACCACUGCCCCUGGGCCGUGGUGGCGUGGGGCAAACCUGCGUGUCGCCCUGCCCCACCGCCCCGCCGCAGCAAUCAGCGGCAGGGUGCCCCGGGGGGAGUGUCCGGCUGUCGGUGUUUUGUUUCAGUGUGUUGGUACGUUUUUGAAGGAACCUUUCCCCGCGGGGUGACGCCCCCCCCCACUAAUAAAGUAGGAAGGAUAA